GGAGAGAGGGUGUUGUCAUCUACUAUUCCCUUACACUCCCCUCUCUCUCAAUCAAUUGGAGCUCUUGAUCUUCAUCCUGUUGAGCAUUUUCUCUAUCAGUUUCUAUCUGCAAGUUUUCUUCUCUUUCUCAGGUAAAAGAAUAUCUUUGCCUUUGUCACUUCUUUUUUGAGGUUUUUGCCUCAGUACAAAACCAAGGAAGUCCUCAUGGAUGGUUCUGUCUCCCCAAAUUCGGACUCAAAGGAUUCUGAGCUGCUCAAACAAGAAUCUCAGGCAUCCAAAAGAAGGAAGGUGGUUGAGAAGACUGUUGUUACAGUGAAGAUUAAUGGAGAAAAUGAAGGGAAGCUAAAGAAUGAAGGGCUGCCUUCUGAUUCAUGGUCUUGGAGAAAAUAUGGGCAAAAACCCAUCAAAGGAUCUCCUUAUCCAAGGGGGUAUUAUAGGUGCAGCACGUCAAAGGGCUGUUCAGCCAAAAAGCAAGUAGAAAGAUGCAGGACAGAUGCUUCAGUGCUCAUCAUCACUUACACCUCAAGCCAUAACCAUCCAGAUCCUGAUGUCCACCACACCACCAAACUGCCCAAAAAGCCUCAAUCCACUCAAGAUUAUCAUGCCAAGACACCCAAACCAGAACAAGAACCAGAAGAAACACAAAAGCAAUCCAUUUUUGAAGAUCAAUUUCACUACUUAAAAUCCUCACUAGGCUCUUCCCAAGACAUCAUAAUUAACCAGGAAGACCCUUUCACAGAGAAUUUAGAGAAACCCCAUGAAGAACUUGGGUUUCUCUUGGAUGAAGAGCCCCUGUCUGCUUGGCCCCAUCUCAUGACCACAUUUUCAUCAUCAUCAUCAUCAACACCCAAAUUAGAAGAAAAUGACUUCUUUGAUGAGCUUGAAGAACUGCCCACUUCUUUGGGCUUCACCAGCCUCAUGAGGAGCAAGGUAAGAGGACAAGACAAAGACUUGUAAUCCAAAAGAGCUUUACAUGUGCCUAUGAGCAUGAGAUUAGUUAGGUGAAUGAUUCGAAUACCCACUUCAUUAUAUAUACAAAAUAGUAUAAAGAGAGUAAAGUCAGCAUUUAUUC